AUGGCGAGCGGCGCCAACUCGUCGCCGCCGUCUCUCGACGCAGAGAGCAGCGGUGUCACGACCACCCACCGCCGCGAGAACAGCAAGACAGCGGCUGGCUCGAUGAGUAGCGGCGCACAGCGCAAGCCGAUACUCAAACUCCACGCGAAGAUGAGCGAUGACACAGCACUGCGUACUGCGCAACCUCUUUUCCCUCCCACCAUCUGGUCUCCAAGCACGGCCUGGGAUAGCAAAAGCGCCGGACUGCCGCCAAAGCCCACUUGGGCGAGUCUAGCUUCUCCGGUCGGCGCUGGCAGCACGCCCUUCUCCGGGACUCACAACAACUUGCGUCCAUUUCCGGGACUGGGAGUGACGGCUGAAGACGGAGCUGUCUUCGAAGGCAACACCAAGCAUCGUCUUGACUUCAAAGCGCCCACUUCGAAUAUCCGCUUCACGCAGACCAAAGAGUACCACAACCCAUCCAAUCUAGACGGUGCCGCGCACAAUCUAGGGAACCACAACUCGGGCAACUCACGGGCUUUGGUGGUCAAGACAGAUCCGCUACCGCAGCACCAGUUCGCCGAUGCCCAGCAUCCAAUUGACGGGGCAUAUUAUGUUCACCCAAGCGGUUUCGCCGACAGUCCACCAUUGACUGGCUCGUCGGCACCAACUCCUGCCAUUUGCAUAUCGCCUGCGGUCGACAUCCCUGUUUGUCACGCAGGUCAGCUCUCGUCUUCGAGCGCCACACCGACGUCGUUCUUUCUUGAGCAUGGUGACAGAGAUGCGGUAUCGAAGACAUCAACGCACGAUGUGUGGAUGGAGCACCAUCAUGACCAUUCGUUGCGUCGCGCACUGAAAGAUCCCAGCGCGCAGUGGGAGCAGGCUUUUGACGGUGCUUUGAACUUACUGGCUGGGCUUAAUCCACAACACUACAAGAUGGUCACUGGCGUAAAUAUUCCCCACGCAUCUUCACUUUUACAAUUUACUGAUCAAGUGCAGAGCGUUGUUAUCAACAUCAAGACCGAAUUCUUCGAAAAUCUGAUCGCCUCGGUUAAAGCGUCCAGAUACUCUUGCAUGGACAAAGUCAGUGAGCGCAUCCAGGAGGUUUACAAUAGCCGCAGUCCAACUCAAAAGGUGCUCUUCAUGUUCUCUGUUAUCGGCGGUAAGAAGUUUUCUGGCCUGGCUGAAAUGUCUGGGCCUUGGGACCCGAGUCAUUUCCUCAGUGACUGGCACUUGAAUCCCGCAUGCCCGCCCUGUACAGGUUCCUUUCCAGUGACCUGGAUCUACGUCAAGGACGUGUGGUACAAUUCCUUCGAUCGCAUUCGCCAGCCGUCAAAUGAUCAUCCUGUGAGCAACAUGUGGAAUGGCAUGAUGUUCACUGAGGAAACUGGACGUGAUGUGGUCAGGGGGUUUGUGCAGACCCCAGCGACUGCUAGCAUUCUUGGCUAUCCCAGAAACUACCUGGAAAACUUUCAGCGUCGCGAUGGCAGUGAGUAUGGCCAGCCUCGAGGCGCUUCCAGCGCUCGUGGACCACGAGGUGGCUGGCGCGGCGGCUCCAGAGGCGGUAAGAACAAUAACGCAUGGCGUGGACAAAACGAACAGCUGAACCGAACCGAAGCAGUCCCAGAGCCCCAGGACAACGACGCUACACCCGCUGUGGCCAACCCAGGACGCCUCAAAUUCCCUGUCACUGGUGCAGCCCAGCCUGGAGAUUUCGACAUGGCCUCUCUGAAUGAGAAUAGCGACAUCAUCUCGACCAAUACGACUAAUAUGGCCAGAGCACAUGCUUCCCUCUCGUCGGCGGGACGUGGUGCUCAUAACAACGCCAUGGUCCGCAGCUCCCAGCCCGUUGUGCAGCCACCUCCCGAUAAUUGUGCCAGACACGAAAGUGUGCACCUUGCUCAGCAUAGCGAUGCUGCUGGCAUCCGCAGCGGUGUUACCACUUUCUUGCCGUCUCCUGCUUUCGGUAGUCCGCAUGAAUUCACCCAAUCGCACAGUCGUCCACCUGCUGCACUUCAGCACUCUGUAUCGAUGAGUGCGCUCAGCACGCAGCCCACCGUUCAGUCCAAAGAUGCUCGGGUACUGUUGGCAUCUGGUUCGAUGAACAGCCUGCCGAUCACGCUGAGCGAUGCGCCGGAGCACCGUCAGCACUCAGCUCACGGAACUGGCGGCGGCACACACCGGCAGCUACAGCAAAACCUCAAUGGUUCAUUCCCAUUCCGCGAGUUUGGGUACCUCCAGGAACAAGAUACGUCUACUCAUCACCCCAACGCGCCCACUGCACGAAACACCGCGAUGCACUUCGCCAUGGGUGCCAAUGCAAAGCCGCAUCAGCUCAUGGCACGCUACCACUCUUUGCAGGCAGCCGGGUACAAUCUACAGUAUGAGUUGCGACACCCAAAUGCACACAGUUUGGAUCGCCGUCUCAUGGAGGCUCGUUUGGCUCAGAACACAGCUGAAAUUCGCGUGGUUGAAAUGGAAUUGGGUGUCAGCUCGAGCCCGUCUGAGUCUCUGUCGCCAGAGCGAUACGAUAGCUUCAAGUAUGAAGACGGCAGCUCGAACUCGUCCGAGAGUGCUCCAAACCUGUCGUCAUUGCCAGCCGACGACGCACGAACGCCCGGAUUUUUGUCAACUGUUGGCACUCCCAACCACAUCGCUGGUUCUGAUCUUGAACCCGGUUUGCACGGAGACUCAGGACCCAGUGGGGAUCAGUACGAUCGUGACGCACAGUCACACUGGGGUUCGCGACUCAAGAACGUCGAUGAUUUUCUCUCUUCCCUCCAUAAUUUCGGCAAGGGCUCAGCUGUCCAGACCCCAAAUCAAACCUCCUCCUAUAUGGUUAACAACAGUGCGGACGGAGGUCAACUCCCGAGGAGCACAAGCAACUAUAGCUUUACCGGACCAGCCAAGGUGAACCGCCAAGAGGAGGAGGAGCAGCAAGGUGGAGUCCGCCUUGACACUUGA